AUGGUCCGAAUUCCCACUGGGCUAGUUCUUUUCCUUUCUGUCGUCACUGCGAGCUCUGCACUUAUUACCAAGCGCACUGUUGCACAAGUGGAGGCUGAUAUUGCCAACAUUGCAACCCAGGUCAACGCGCUCGACAGUUCCAUCAAGGCCUUCCCGGACACCGGAGGAAGCCUGAUCAGUGCUCUCGCCAUCCACAGUAGUGCAACGUCAUUGAUUAGUACUCUUCAGACUGCGACUACCGACACUACUGCGACUGAUGCUUUUAGUGAAUCUGACGGUGCUACCAUCCUCGCGGCCGUUGAGGGCUUUGAGCCAACCAUUCUUGAUGCUCUUACCGCCAUCGUUGAGAAACAGCCUGCCUUUCAAGCUCUCCCCAUUGGUGGGAUUCCUGCCUUGGUGCUCCAAGACCUUCAGAACCUCGACUCCGGAACUACAGCGUUCUCAAAUGCGUUAAUUGCCAAGUCCCCAGCUGACCUCUUAGACCAAGCCAAUGAGAUCAAAACGACGAUCGCGGAUGCAUUUGACACUGCCAUUUCCGCGUAUUCAGGCUGA